AUGAUUGGCAAAUGCUCCCACCGCAGCUUUCCCGCGCUUCAACGCUUCCUGCAACAUGACGGCCGCUACUUCUUGGUCUGGGAGCUGACCGAGCUCUCCCUCAACAAGGUUUUCGCGUCCAAGUGUCCCAUCACCGAAAGCGAACUCGCACAGAUCGUCUGGCCAGUUCUCAAGGGAAUCCGAGUUCUGCAUAGUCGCGGACGUGCACUUGCCACUUUAGGCGCUGAAACGAUUCUGGUGACCGAAACGGGAGGAGUCAAGAUCGCCGGGGUGGAACAUAGUUGCCAGACUGACCCGGCGGAUAUGAAUGCCGCCACCCUGAAACUCGCCGCGCUGGCAACAAUCAUCAGCGGCCUGCUGAAGAACAACGGCUUUGAGAUUCCAUGGAGUGCGGAAGCGCAAGGCCUGCCGCAGCGGCUCGUUGAAAACUCUCUGGACGAACUCCUGCGCGACCCAUUCUUUACACGAAUGGAGGGCGAUGGAGGCUUGAAGCUGGUAGUCCAGGUAGUGAACAAGACUGCCUAUCAUAAGGUGGAGUUUGUGCGUGAGAGAGAUCUGGGCGCUAUCUGA